AUGCUGCUUGCUGUCCGGGUAUGUACAAUAAGGGGGAGGGGUAGGGGGCAGCCGGGCAGACAGCCAACGACGGCAACCAACUCUGGGCCGUCCCGGCCGUCGUCAGCAAAUGGUGCUUGUGCAUUCACUAGUACCCCCACGUACCGUUCUUAUUGGUCUUCUGAAUUUUCUGAUAAUCGACUGCAGGAACAACGAUCUAGGAAUGCGGCUGCAGAAGAAACUUCUGAAGCUGAUAGUGAUGAUUAA